CAGCCCUGAGAUCAUGCCUGGCAAGCCAGCUCUUCCUCGGCAUGCCUCACCUGAGCAAUGAGCAGGGUCCACGCUUGGCAAGGCAGCGCUUCACAGGCCUGGCACCUUUGAAUUCCCCUUAGUGAGGAAUGUGGGGCGAUUUGCCUGAUUUUGCUGGGCUUUUCCUUCUCAUGCGUAAUACUCUAUUUUCCUUGCUUCUGCCCGAGCGUGGCGGUCCUGUCCGGCCGUGGACCGAAGGCACGACUUGGCCCGUUGUGGCGCUCAGCAGCUCCUGGUUGGAAACGAGAAGGUUGAAGAGUGUCUCGCGCUUUGAGGCUGUUGGAAGGGCUGCUGUUUCCUUGGAGGGAAGUGAAAGAGAGGUAUCUGCCCGCCAUGGUGCUGGAUAUGAGGCAUUCCGCCAGGCAGCCUGUGGAAAAGAGGAGGACGGCAAGAAGAGAUGUGAGCCGAGGCAAGAGUUCUGCGCCCCCGUCAGGACGCCGCUGCCCAUCAGGCUGGUGGAGGCGAAGAAGGUGGGUAUCGCAAGCACUUCACAAACAUGCUUUCUUAGGAAGGUCAGGUUGGAGCUUGAAUUACCCCACACCAGGCAAGCCGCCUUUUUUUGGGGUGGCAGAGUUGGCAAAAGAUUCUUUCAGUGCCUGGCCCGAAGCCCCUUCCAGGGGUUGCUCUUUCUUGAGCUGCUGGUGGCCAGCAUCCCCUUCAUGGGGGGGCCUGAGCCGAGUGCCAGAUUAGACUCGUGGCGGGCCAGCCUCUUUAUGAGGUGGGGCCCACGUUGGAGCUUUCCAGCCACGCCAGGCCCCCUUCCCCUUCAUGGGGAGGCCGGAGCCGAGUGCCAGAUUAGACUCAUGCCGGCCAGUCUCUUUAUGAGGUGGGGCCCACGUUGGAGCUUUCCAGCCACGCCAGGCCAGCUUCCCCUUCAUGGGGAGGCCGGAGCCGAGUGCCGGAUUAGACUCGUGGCAGGCCAGCCUGUUUAUGAGGUGGGGCCCACGUUGGAGAUUUCCAGCCACGCCAGGCCAGCUUCCCCUUCAUGGGGAGGCCGGAGCCGAGUGCCAGAUUAGACUCGUGGCGGGCCAGCCUCUUUAUGAGGUGGGGCCCACGUUGGAGAUUUCCAGCGUCGCAGGCCAGUUUCCCUUCAUGGGGAGGCCAGAGCCGAGUGCCAGAUUAGACUUGUGGCGGGCCAGCCCCUUCAUGAGGUGGGGCCCACGUUGGAGAUUUCUAGCCACGCCAGGCCAGCUUCCCCUUCAUGGGGAGGCCAGAGCCGAGUGCCAGAUUAGACUCGUGGUGGGCCAGCCUCUUUAUGAGGUGGGGCCCACGUUGGAGAUUUUCAGCCAUGCCCGGCCAGCUUCCCCUUCAUGGGGGGGCCGGAGCCAAGUGCCAGAUUAGACUUGUGGCGGGCCAGCCUCUUUGUGAGGUGGGGCCCACGUUGGAGAUUUCCAGCCACGCAGGCCAGCUUCCCCUUCAUGGGGAGGCCGGAGCCGAGUGCCAGAUUAGACUCGUGGCGGGCCAGCCUCUUCAUGAGGUGGGGCCCACGCAGAAGAGAUUUCCAGCCAGGCCAGGCCAGCUUCCCCUCCAUGGGGAGGCCGGAGCCGAGUGCCAGUUUAGACUCGUGGCGGGCCAGCCUCUUUUUGAGGUGGGGCCCACGUUGAAGGGAUUUCCAGCCACGCCAGGCCAGCUUCCCCUUCAUGGGGAGGCCAGAGCCAAGUGCCAGAUUAGACUCGUGGCGGGCCAGCCUCUUUUUGAGGUGGGGCGUACGUUGGAGCUUUCCAGCCACGCCAGGCCAGCUUCCCCUUCAUGGGGAGGCCAGAGCCGAGUUCCGGAUUAGACUCGUGGCGGGGAAGCCUCUUGAUGAGGUGGGGCCCACGUUGGAGAUUUCCAGCACGCCAGGCCAGCUUCCCCUUCAUGGGGAGGCCGGAGCCGAGUGCCAGAUUAGACUCGUGGCGGGCCAGCCUCUUUAUGAGGUGGGGCCCAUGCUGAGGCGUCUUCCAGUCCCAUCACACCCGAUACCCCUUUAUCGAGAGGACUGAGCGCAGCGUUGGAGUCUGCCUGUGCCAGGGAAGUGCUGCUUCAU